AAAUAAAAGUAGUUACGAAGCGGCUCAGUCAACAUUAUAAAAAAAAAGGAAAAACAACAAGCUGCAGUCAGAGUGGUUUAAAGCUGCUCUCUGUUCCAGGGUUAACUCCGACUCCUGCAAAUGUCCUGCAGAUCUGUUUACAGUCUUUCAGUCCUGAGCGUGUGAAGCGCUGAAGUCCUGCUCUGGACCAGUUUAUAACAAGUGCGGAGGAACUGCUGGAUUUAUUCUCGGGCCUGCUCUAAGGUACAGGCUCCCAUCGCCAGGAGGCAGCAUGGCGGAUGCUCAAGGGCACUCCAGCGUUCCAAACGGUGGCGCAGAUGAUCCAGAACCAGAAGAAGGAAGAGGCAGUGAAGGAGACUCGACCUCAGCUACAGAGGAUCCGAUACGUCCUGAUUCGGAAUCGAGCCCACAGCAAGAGCAGCCAACUGCAGAGGAGGAAGAGGAGGAAGAGGACACGGACAGCAUGGACGGCAGCCUUAUGUACUCUUUUGUGGAGGAGGGAAAGGAGAAAGACAGCGAGGGCGGCGGGCGAAGAGAGCGCGCAAAGAAAGACGCGAGCGGAAGAGUAGGGCGGAAGCGGAACCGACCCAUGUCGCGCCACUCCUCCAGCUCGGACGACGAUGACGACGACGACGACGACGAUGAUGAUGAUGAUGAUGAUGAUGAUGAUGACAGAGAAGAUGAAGAGGAGAAUGAAAAGGAAGAAGAGGAAGAUAUGGAGGCGUGGCUUGGGGCAGAGGUAAAGGAAAUGGGCGGGCUUAAGUGGCGCGCGGUGCCGUCUCUGCGGGCGCGGGAGAUUGGGAAGAACUCGGCGCAGUUCGUGCGGAGCGUGUGCGGCUCUCGAGGCCUGGUGCAGCGUCUGGAGCUGCAGGCUCGGCUGGAGCGGCACAGCGGCUGCGUCAACACGCUCCACUUUAACCCCUCUGGGACACGCCUCGCCUCGGGCAGCGAUGACCUGCGUGUGGUCAUCUGGGACUGGGCGAGACGCCGCGCCGAGCUCGAGUUCGACAGCGGACACAAGAGCAACGUCUUUCAGGCGAAGUUUCUCCCUCACAGCGGAGACUCCACACUGGCCAUGUGUGCUCGCGAUGGGCAGGUCAGAAUAGCCGAGCUGUCCGCCACACAGCGCUGCAAAAACACAAAACGAGUGGCUCAGCACAAAGGCGCUGCACACAAGCUGGCUCUGGAGCCUGAUUCGCCCUGCUGUUUCCUUUCCACUGGAGAAGACGCCGUUGUGUUCGGAAUUGACCUGCGGAUCGAUCGACCUGCCAACAAACUCGUGGUGGUGAAGGAAAGCGACAAGAAGGUGGGUUUGUACACCAUCUAUGUGAAUCCGGCCAACACACAUCACUUCGCCGUCGGAGGAAGAGAUCAGUACCUAAGGAUCUACGAUCAGAGGAAGAUCAAUGAAAACGACAACAACGGUGUUCUGAAGAAGUUCUGUCCAUCUCACCUUGUGUCCAGUGAAUCCAAAACAAGCAUCACCUGCUUAGUGUACAGCCAUGACGGCUCAGAGCUGCUUGCAAGUUAUAACGAUGAGGACAUUUAUCUUUUCGACUCGAGCCAUAGCGACGGUGCCGAUUAUCGCCGGAGAUACAAAGGACAUCGUAACAAUGCUACAGUGAAGGGUGUGAACUUCUAUGGGCCGUGCAGCGAGUUUGUAGUUAGCGGAAGCGACUGUGGACACAUUUACCUGUGGGACAAACACUCGGCCCGUGUGGUGCAGUUCAUGGAGGGCGACAGAGGCGGAGUGGUGAAUUGUUUAGAGCCACACCCUCACCUGCCCGGUCUGGCCACCAGCGGCUUGGAUCACGAUGUUAAACUUUGGGCUCCGACUGCAGAGAACCCCACCAACCUGAAAGGCCUCAAAGAGGUGAUGAAGAAGAACAAGCGUGAGCGUGACGAGGACAGCGCCCGGCACGGUGAGCAGUACGACACGCAGCUCCUCUGGUUCCUGAUGAGACACAUGAGGAACCGCAGAUCUCUUCGAACUCAGAGCCGACACGGAGAAGGUGGAGACGGAGACACAGACACCGAAUUUUGGAGUUCUCCAGAAUCCUCUGAUGAUGAGGACGGAGGCCCUGACCACGUCCAGUGCAUGUCCUCCUGAGCCAGCCCCCCUUCGCCCUACACACACACACACACACACACACACACACACACACACACACAUACACAUACACACACACACAUACCUGCCCAUUGCCAUAUGUAUUUAAGCACAUACACAGUCCUUAUGCACUGACACACACUGCGAGUACAACGCCAGCAAAACACACACAGAGUGAGGGAAAAUGAAAUGUGUUCUCUCACACACACACACACACACACACGAUAACUGCAGGCAAGAAUGUGAGGAAAAAAUGAUUUUUUUUGUAUGUUUCUAUACUCUGAUCAACAUAUACACAUUUUCAGCAGAUUUCAGCCCAUUUACACAAACACACACACACACACACACACACACAUACAGUGUUCCCGUAGAAGCAGCUUCACUUUACACACUGGAGCAGCAGUCGAGGGCGAUGACAGCUUCUUGCGCUCCCUUCUUUCUCUUUUCCGGACAGCGUGGACCCCAGCAGAGGGCAAUUCAGCGAUGAUGACGUUUGAGCUCGAGCUUCUUCAGGCCCCUCUGUUUUUCCCAGGAGAGCCUCCGUGGAUCUCGAGCGUCUCCGAGCUCAGAACCGCCGUCUCAGCGUCCUGUCUUUUCCUGGAGUUUCUUUUUUUCUUUCUCUUCUGAGGACAGACAUGAGCAAGCGUUUAACAGGUGCCCUGUGGACUCCUUGGGCUCGAUCCCAAAUGGCUCGCUGUUGGACACUUGGAGUGUAGAAGCCAUGUUUAGACCCUAAGUAGUGCACUAACCGAAUCCCUCAACAAUACUGUCACAGUUCCUACUCCCUAUAUAGUGCACUGUGUAGUCAGGAUUACGUCUCGAAUCGAUAAUAUAGUGCACUACGCUUUGUAGGGCACUUGCUUUUAUCUAGUGAACUGAUUCAGAACUACCGGACACACACGUAUACCCUAUAUAGUGCACUGUGUAGGGCAUGUAUGUAGCUAGUAUUGGAUUUCAAAUGGUUAGCGUAGUGCACUACUUAGGGUGUGAAAGCAUACAGUGUGGUGUUUUUUUUUUUUUUGUUUUUUUUUCCCCUAACAGGUUCCUGAGCUGUAUCCCAAAUGUCGUUUGUAGAGCACUUAUUUUUAGCGUUAAUGAGACAACGUGAUGGUUUUUACAUUCGGGACACAUGUGCACUAACUACAAAGAGCCCUUUGUUCACGCCCUACGUAGGGUGAAGUUGUCGUUAUCGGACGCGUCUCUUUACACCCUACCUAGUCCACUUAUGAAGCCAGUAACUGGAUCUGUAGUGCACUAAGUAGGGUACGGUGGCAUUAUUAUUUCCCGCUCUGUGUAAUGCACUACUCACGGUGACUAAGUAGUGUGGUUAUUUCAAUUCUAUACCUUAUGUAGCAUCCUUGAGCCAUAUAAGGGGAGCGAGGAAGACACUUCGAUAACACUGAAGUGCACUACAUAGGGCUGAGGAACGUGUGAACUAGAGAUCCAUUUGGAGAUGAACCCAUUUCUCAGCGGGACAAAGUGGGCCGGCCUCGUCCCAAACCAUCCUCCGUCUUGUUCCCCUUCCCCCUUGCUUGCUGAGUGCACUUUAAUCAGGGAUCUGUUCGUUUUUCGAGUCUCUAAAAGACGAGUGUGCACUUAAAAGGCUUGCAGAUUUUUUUUCUUCUUCCUCUUCUUUCUUUCUUUCACGUCACCCUAACUAGGAAUUAAAGCUUUGAAGAUUUUUGGUACUUAGAUACAUAUUUUGCACUCGGAAUGGAAAAAAAUCUGGACGUGAGCUCCUCUUAAAAAAAGAAAAAUAAAAUAAUAAUAAUAAUAAAAAAAAACCCACCCCUUUGUAUUAAACCCCGCCUCCUCCUCCUUCUCCUCCUCCUUUUCGAGGUGUGCAUGCGAGGAAAGAUUGUAGCGCAGCAGGAUGAUCUAUUUGGGACGGAACCGCUCAGCUUUGUUUAAAAAGUACCAGAAGUUGUUUCACGGCUGAUCACACGCUAACAGUACCCUGUUAGCCCCGCCCCCUAGGUCAGGGUUGGCUCUUGGACGUAGCGAGUCAUCUACGUUGCCCCAGUAAGCGCUAGCUCGAUUGACGUAACCAUGGAAACGAGGUUUUAACGCUAGAGGGGGCUCGAUCGGCGACGUGGUUCAGUCGUGAAGGAUGUAAUAAAUAAAGCGAUAAUUUCCUUCUGUCAUUUGCUACUUUAACCAGCGCUACUUUUCUGAGAAAGGGAGAGAAAUCCGACGAUGCUUUUGAUUUAUUUUCUAAUUCUAACAGUGGAUUUAGAAGAGCCUCGUGAUCUGCAUGCGCCCGUCUCGCCCCAGAGGGCUGCGUACUAAAUAGUGGACUUUUUUUUUUUUUCCCUUUUCAAUAGAGUGCUAUUUGGGACGCAGCCAGUCGGCCCGCUUUAGGAGGGAGGGGAGGGGAGGGUUUGGGGGCGGUCCUACGUGUUUUUGUUUUUUGUUUUUUUUUUCCUUUUCACCAGGGGACUGAAACGUUUUUGCUUUUUUGUAUGGGGAGGGGGGAGAAAAAUAAGUUAAUUGACUUUAUAUGUACAUAUGAAUAUAUAAUUACAUAAAUAUAAAUAUAUAUAUUAAAAAAUAAAAAAAAACAACACUGUAAAGCACUCCACUUCCACCAUCAUUUGAUUCAGAGAUUUAUAUUGUAUACGGAAACGGAUUAAAAAUGUAUUUUUUUUUGUCCUCCUCUGAUUGAACCCCUGAAGUCAUAAACAUCACUUUAUUUUUAUUUUUUAUUUUUUCCCCCCUUUUUCUGAUAGCUCCCCUAAUGUUAAGAGCAUUAGUUACAAAUUUAACUUUUUUCUGCGUCUUUUUUUUGUCCUUCUCUGAUUGAUUGAAGCCCAUUGAUUAAAAAUCAUAACGAUCACUUUUUAUAAUUUUUUUUUUUCUUUUCUUUCUUUUUUUUUAACAUUACUUAGAAUUUUUUUUCCUGUGUCUUUUUUUUUUUUUUUUUGGAAUUAGGCCCCACCUUCCACCACCACAGCUUUGUUGCUUAAUAUUGCUUUUAAAACAAAUUUUUUUCCCUUUAUUUUCUUUUGCUCUUUUUUGUUUGUUUGUUUUUCCUGGAAUUUUUGAUUGCUGCCUAAAUAACUGUUAUUGGUUCAGUUUGAGAAAACGUGUACAACUUGUGCAGUUAAAUGAGAAAAAAAAAGAAGAAAAAAAAGAGAAAAGGCUGUUUAUGAA